AUGGAUUCAAAAAGAGCAAACAUGAUAGAAUACGGGAUUAUGAACGAGAACACAAGAAAGCUACUGUCGAAGGACGACACUGCUGAUCAGACCGCAAAGACGGAUGGUGACUACGACCAGGUGAUCGCAAAGGUAUACAAGGAACAGAAAAUGAAACUCGGAAAAAUUCUUAAUGAUCACAGUCCCUACGCACCGUACAACAUGAAAAGCAGAUUCGAGUACUCGAUAACCUUUCCAAAAGCCGACAAGAUUAUGGUUGCACAGACAAACGAGAAGGUGGAGGGAUAUACACUAAAAAACAUACAUCUGGAAUUGUACGAAGAACUAGCCAAACGAGUAAACGAAGGAUACGAGACCGGCAGAUCCCUGUCCUACGAACACACAACGUUGUUGAAAACAACCGUGUGGUCAAAGGAUGCUACAAGGUUCAACGAAAUCAUAGACGUUCCGAGGGUAAGCAUGAGUGCUGUGGUCCUAAGUUUCAGAAAAGAACAAUAACCGACAGCGAGGAAUGCGUCUUCCCAAACAUCGAAAAAGUAAAGGUUACGAUAGAGGAGAAACCGAAUGCUGUAUAUAGUCAGGGACUAACAUACGAAAAUAUCUACGACGAAGCAAAAAGACUAUUCGGGAUAGCUAACAACGUCUGCAACGACGACAUAAGCGUUAGAAAAUUCUACAAAAACAAAUUUGCACUGGUGAUCGAUCUGAAAGCUGUUGACGACAGCCACAUUGUUGGAAGUGGAAAAAAAGAUCCUAGGUGAUAACCCCGGAAUCCUUCUAGAAAUUGAAACGGACACUAUUACCGAAGACAUCCUCUGCAACAUCUUUGUGCUAUCCGAUGGACUCAUUAACAUCAGCGAAAAGACCCUUCAGGGUAUUAGUUACUAAAUAAUAAAGGAUGGAACUGUUAGAAACACCAUUCAACAUGAUCAUUCUCGGAAUGACUGGAUGUGGGAAAACCUAUUACCUACUAGAAAUGUUGGAGAACGAUUAUAAAAACCACUUCGAGUAUAUAUUUCUAAUAUGUCCCACAUAUGAAUGGAACAAAACGUACCAGGACUGCAAAUACCAUAUGGAUAAGGACUUUAUAGCCAUGCCUUGCAAGCAGGAUGAUGUAAACCAGUGUUUAGAAUACGUUUUGCAUUUUGCAAACGGAACGACCAGUCUAAUCGUCCUCGACGACUGUGCCAGUUGUCAAUCCGUCAAAAACAGGACCAGCGAAUUGGUAAAACUUGGGUUUAGCACUAGACAUAUGGGAAUAUCGACCAUUGUCAUUACCCAACAGCUUACAUCCAUUGCGAAACCCUAUAGGGAAAAUAUAUCCAAACUCCUAACCUUUUACAACCCGAGCGCAAAGGAUACGGACAUCAUAUUGAACGACUACGAUGCAAACACGGAAAAAGAAGAAAGGAAGGAAAUCAUUAAUACGCUAAAAAACAACGACUACGCCUGACUGGAAAUACUGUUACGCCGACCAUAUACCCACAAAACAAUUAUUCCGCAUAUUAAAUAAAGGAAUGGAAACCAUAUUCGAAUCUGUAGAGCCUGAGACACCUGUCGCAAGCGAACUAAGGGAAAAGCUACUGAAACUGGUCGAUGCGGGUGAAAUAAAGUACGUCUCAAAAUAUAUCAAAAAAGCAUCCGAAAAGACGCGGGAAAACAUAUACAAAGACUACGAAAGAUAACGCCUGGAAAACACAAACAACCAACUAGCCGACGUUAUCAUCACAAAGUUUUCCGAACUCAUGCAGGCGCUGGACGCUGUUAAGGAUGCUGAAGGAAUGAAAAAAGAACUGGAGGAAAACGAUCUGCUUAGAAAAGACAAAAAAAUCCUCGUCAGUUACGUAACACCGUACAUCCCACUCAUUGGGAUACUAAGUGGUGGAAUUACCGUCGGAAAACAUGUUAUCAGUACAAGGGUGGGUUGUUCGGGAAAGGAAGAAUAAAGGUCAACAGUAUAUAGAAUAAACUUUUUUAUAUAAAAUAAAAAAGUGAUGGAUACAUACAGGAAAGUUCAAUUGUACUUCGAAUGUUCCGAAGAAAUGACGGAGUUCAUAACGGAAAUGUGUGAAGACACAUCUUUUAACGACGCCGGUAUUACUUACCUGAACGAAGAAACCGGUUGUGAAUCUGACACCAGAUUCUGGCUCGUAGGAGAAGCAGGUGCUAUAAUCAUGGGUGUGAACACAAUUCCUUCCGGUCCGCCGAUAGGUGUUGUCGUUUUUCUCACCGUACGGGAGGGUGUGGCGCUCAGAAAGAUAAACAACUUCACGCUGGACGGUCUGGAGUUUGGUAUCAAUUUAGGACGACCAGACGAUUUCGCGGAAUC